AUGUCAAGGCUUGCAAACAACUCCAAAGGACUUACACCUUUUGCCCUCCGACAGCUGUAUACAGCAUGCGUCACAAGCAUUGCUGACUAUGGGUCUACUAUCUGGUGGCGAGGCCAAGCACAAUUCACUACUCUACUUCAAAAACUCCAAAACCUUGCAAUUAGAAAGAUAUUAGGCGUUUUCAAAACUACGCCUAUCCUCCCAAUGGAAGUAGAAAGCGCCCUCCCGCCUCCAGAAGUACGCCUCUCCUCCUCUCUAAGAACAUAUGCCCUUCGACUUCUCAAACUUGCACCUUCACACCCAGUCAACCACGCCACCAACAAACUUCUUAACACACAAAUAACUCCAGGAAAAAAGAAGCCAACAACUCCGCAACUACAACGAAUCCACAGCUCGAUUAGCAACCUAUACGAUCUCGAAAACCUUGAACAAAUAAGUCACUUCUACUUCCCCCCUUGGGAAAGACAAACCCCCUACAAAGUGCAUAUCAGCAAACUCUCAAAGGAAGAAGAGGCUAAAGUUCACCUUCGCUUACUUCAGAACAACCCCAACAACAGCAUCUUUAUAUAUACUGAUGCUUCCUCUACAGCAACAGAAAAUAGCCAAGGCAUAGGCGUUGGUCUAUCUGUAAUAUCCCCUCAAUCAAGUAUAAUCCACUACGAAAAGAAGAUUAACAUCGGCCCAAAUAAGCUUGUCUACAACGGAGAAGUUGAAGGAGCAACGCUAGCAGUGGAAUACGCUGCUAAACACGCUAGACCAGGGAUCCAUUUUCACAUCUACUCUGAUAACCAGGCAGGUCUAUGGAGGCUGAAAACUACAUCAGACCACCCAGGGCAAGACUGCCAAAUCAGAGCCAUCAAAGCUGCACGCAAGGUAGCCAGCAAGGGAGCCAACACUACAAUUCACUGGGUACCAGGCCACACCGACAUCCCAGGAAAUGAAAAAGCAGACAAGCUUGCAAAAGCGGCUACUACAAUCCAACCAUCCACUCAACUCACUAGUUUUGCUAUGCUUGGAGUCAAAAUAAGGCAAAUCCAGAACAAAGAAUGGCACCAAAAGCUUACUACACAUCCUGCCCACCAUACAGAACCAUCAACCAAUCAACACUCGUAUCGAAGGGAAUUCCCAUGGAAGAUUUUAUCAAAGCCUCGCGUCCCUCAAGGAACAAAAAGAGAGAUAGCCAGCGCCUUUUACCAGCUAAAGCUUGGCCAUGGCUAUUUCAAAUCAUACCUACACAAUCUAGGCCACACCAACAACAACCGCUGCAGAUGUGGAAGACAAGAGACCCCUACGCACCUACUUCUUAGCUGUCCAGAAACUGGAGAUGCUAGGAAAGUACUUAAGCGCAACCUCCUCAAACACUACAUUCGAGAAUUCACCAUGAAAUCCCUCCUUCACACCACUAAAGGAGUUGAGGCCACAUUAGACUUCCUACGCACCACCAAAAUCGCUACUAGAAUAUGGCACACACAACGAGUAGCCGAGGAGGAAAAGGAAGAGGAAGAUGAAGAGGAAGACGAGGAAGAGUAG